CUUUAAAGUCACUGUGGAAAAAAUAGUCCCUACAUCCUUCUGAUUAAAUAAGGAUCGUCAACUAUUUUGGUUUUUUUUAAAAAAGAGAGGCUCUUGUUUGUUUAUACUGCUCAGCGUCGAAGUACUGGAGAGGUGCGAUUUUGAUUACUUGGCACGCCUGUCGUCAGUGGCGUUUUAAGAUGACGGUUUCGGGGACUUUGUACACUCCAGAAGGGUAUCACAGGUCUUGGAGGGCCCAGAUUGCAGCCAAAUUUGGUGGUUGUACAUUAAAAAUCGUCAAUUUCAUUCCUGGUGUGACUGAUAAUGACAAGAAGUUCUUGGAUAGAUUCCCUCCCGCAACUGUUCCGGUUUUUGAAGCUGAUGAUGGUACAUGCCUUUUCGAUGUGAAUGCCAUAGCCUAUUAUUUGGGGACCGACCAGCUGAGAGGUGGCAAAAACACACACUGCGUUACACAGUGGGUCAAUUAUGCAGAUAACAGUAUUCUGCCGUCUGUUGCUACUUGGGUUUAUCCUUGUCUUGGUAUUACCCAGUUUAACAAGCAGAACACGGAGAAAGCUAAGACUUGUCUUGCAUCUGUGCUCAAGUUUUUGAAUGAGCAGCUUAGUAAGAUAACUUUCCUUGUUGGUGAUCGGCUGUCUCAAGCUGAUAUUACCGUCUUUACAGCUUUGCAUCCACUGUUUACCCAUGUUUAUGAAGAAAAUGAUAGAAAAUCUUAUCCGCAUGUUAUACGCUGGUAUACAACAAUUGCCAACCAACCAGAGGUUUUGAAUGUCGUUGGGCCGUGCACGUUUUGUGUUAAGGCCGCUCAGUUUGAUGCCAAAAAAUACGCUGAGCUGCAUAAAAAGACUCACGAGACCAACAAGCCAAAAGUAGCUACGAAAGAAAAACCCAAAUCGGAGACUCCUGUUAAAAAGGAAAAACCUAAAGAUGACGACAAUUAUGAUGAUCUUUCAAAACCAAGCGAAAAUCUACUUGCAAGUCUCCCUCCUGGAAAGUUUAAUAUGGAUGCAUUCAAAAGAGUGUUCAGCAAUAUGGAUAAAGAAGAGGCAGUCUCAUAUUUCUGGGACAAUUUUGACCCAGAAGCUUAUUCUAUCUGGAGCUGCAGUUACUUAUUUUCUGACUCGCUAACGUUAUUAUUCAUGACUAGUAACUUAGUUGGGGAUUUUUCCAACGAGCAGUGAAGAUGUCAAAAUAUGGUUUUGGCAUCAUGCGCAUCAUUGGCGAGGAUAGAAAUCACACAAUUAAAGGUAUUUGGAUUUGGCGAGGAACUGGUUUGAUUUUCGAGUUGGAUGAAGAUUUACAGGUAGAUUACGAGUCUUACGAAUGGAAAAGUUGGAUCAUAAUGCAGAAAGUACCAAAGCUCUUGUUCAUGAAUACUUUACGUAUAAACCCGAAGACACAAAACUCAAUCAAUACAAAGUAUUCAAAUGAAAAAUAAAGUAUUUUCUGGGUUAAUA